AUGGUGCAGUGUCAUCCGCCGUUGGAAAUAGAAGAAUUACCAAAAGAAGACGAAGAAAGGCUAGAAAAAUUAUUUUCUAAAUUAGACACGGAUGGAAAUGGCAAAAUUGAUAUUCACGAUUUGUCUGUUGCUCUCAAGGAGUUGGCCCCGCACAUUAAUCGCAGCUAUGCAGAGAAAUUUCUGGCAAAAACUGGCAAGGAUGCUGGUGAUGUUACAUUAUCAGAAUUUAUUCAUUAUGUCCGGGAGCAUGAGAAGAAUCUUAGGUUGCAGUUCUCCCAUCUUGAUAAAAAUAGGGAUGGAAAAGUUGACUUAGAAGAACUUAUUUCAGCAUUUGCUGAUUUAGGAAUUGCAGUUGGUAGAAAUGAAGCGACGAAUUUGCUUAAAAGGAUGGACCAGGACGGCAGCUUGAACAUAAGCUACGACGAAUGGCGGGACUACCUCCUACUGGCGCCGGCGACGGAUAUACACGCUUUAAUUCACUUUUGGCGACACUCUACUUAUCUGGAUAUUGGUGAGGAUAUGAAUGUACCAGAUGAUUUCACUCCAAGUGAAUUGCAAACGGGAAAGUGGUGGCGACAUUUGUUAGCUGGCGGUAUUGCUGGAGCUGUGAGCCGUACCUGCACGGCUCCUCUUGAUAGACUUAAAGUAUUUUUACAGGUAAAUCCAACUAGGGAAAAUAUGACCAAAUGCUUAGCUAGAAUGAUCAAUGAAGGAGGUAUUAGCGGACUGUGGCGAGGUAACGGAAUAAACGUUAUAAAGAUAGCUCCAGAAUCGGCGAUAAAGUUUGCCGCGUACGAGCAAGUGAAGCGCUUGAUAAAAGGCGAAAAAAAUAACCACCCACUAGAAAUAUACGAGCGUUUCGCCGCCGGAGCUACAGCGGGUGCGAUUAGUCAAACUGUGAUUUACCCACUAGAGGUGCUAAAGACAAGGUUAGCUUUAAGAAAAACUGGCCAAUAUACUGGCAUCAUGGAUGCUGCGAAGAAGAUAUACAGGAGGGAGGGACUUAAAUGUUUCUACAAAGGAUACAUUCCAAAUAUCCUGGGGAUAGUGCCUUAUGCGGGCAUCGAUCUUGCGGUGUAUGAAACUCUGAAGAAGAAGUAUAUAAACAAGUAUCAGGCUCACAACGAACAACCGGGCAUGUUGCUGCUGCUCGCUUGCGGCAGCGCCUCGUGCACGCUGGGACAAGUGUGCUCCUACCCUCUAGCGCUUGUGCGGACACGGUUGCAAGCCCAAGAAAAAGCUGCGAAGGGCGCAGAAGGCACAAUGCGAGGUGCAUUUCGCGAGAUCGUGCAGAGGGAGGGCUUGCGUGGGCUCUAUCGAGGGAUCACGCCCAACUUCAUCAAGGUCAUUCCGGCCGUCUCUAUCUCGUACGUCGUCUACGAAUACACAAGCCGAUCCCUCGGGGUUAACAUGACG